GCGAAUGUUGAUAUCGAAAUAUCUACGAGAUCAAUUCAUUACCUUUGGAAUGAGGCCAUAGAGAGUUUCAAUUCGACAUGUAAUCACAAAGGUAUGAACAAAACACUUUCGUAUGUUUUAUAGCGGACGACCCCAAACUUUCGCACGGGAGUGUAUAGGCGCUCAAAAAAUUGUCAUCGCAUCUCGAAUCAGGGUAAUCCAGUAGGGCUAGUUUGCAUUGGCUGUGCAUUCGGAAUUUGGCGCAAUUGCAACAUUCCCCGCCGAAAACCACGCGCGAUGAGUCGUCACCAUUGGAGUCAUGACGAAAUUGGGAUCGCACCCCUCCAAAAUCAAGGAGCGUUUCAUUCGAAUGGUGGCAUCCAGAACAGUUGCUAGUUAGAAUUACACAACUGCGAAAUAAGUGAAUUUUUCAACGGCGGAUGGAAAAUGAGAAUCCUUUUACAGAUAUUCGUUAUCGUUGCGUCGUUGACAACGGCUCUAGGACGAGAUACCAUGCUGGAAUCAUUUCGGAAGAACAACAAUUUGGACAUUCAUGAGUUUAAGUUUUUCAAAUAUCCCGGAGUGUUGACACCGAACGGAAUCAAAUAUGGCGAUCAUAAUCCAACGGUGACCGAGAAAGCUGCCGCGAUCUUCAAGUACUUCAAGAAUAUCUUCAUUGGAGUCCCGAUGCCGGACUCUGGCUACAAAUUCGACGAGGACCGAGCUCUCAGCCUGAGGGAUGCCUAUCAGAGGCGGUAUGGGUAUUUGGGUGAAAAUCUAGUGGCACUGGUUGGGAAUGGUUAUCCGGCUCGAGAUAUGCUACGUUACGGUGCAAUAGGACGUGAUUUUGAGUCAUUUUGAGUGUGUGAUCAAAGGUAUGAAAGCAUUUCUGUGAUGUGGAUUAAAAACUGUUAAAACUA